UUUAUUACAAGAUGAUGAAAACAAGCUCCUACUCUCUGAUGAAGAAGGCCUCUAACAAGGGAAGUAAAACUCUUGCAGCAUUGGGUUCUUCUUCUUCAUCGCCAUCGGUUCUCUCUUGCUAUAAUCAUUCAUGCUCGAUAUUGUCAUCAUCAUCCACUAAACAAUUAUCAUCAACAAGUUUAUUUACUGGUGGUAAUAAUAAUAACAUUUGUAGAAGUUUUUCCACCUCUUCUACUAAUAGACAAUCAAUUUCAUUAGAUAACAAUUCAUCCUCAUCAUCAUCUUCAUCCAAUAAUAAUAAGAAAUCAUCUUCGGUUUUUGUCAUGCUCCGAAACUUUCUCAUCAAGGCUUUGAAAAUCUAUGGCAAGAUACUUUUAGGACUUGGUGCCAUUGUUUUAACAAUGUAUGGAGCACUUCGUGGAUUCUUGGCCAUUAUUCACUUUGCACAAUUUGAUAAUCCAUCAUCUCCUUAUUAUAACAAGGAUUUGGCUGAUAAAUUGGAAGGUGCUGUUCAGAUUGGUGAAGGAUUGAAUCGUUAUAUCAAAUCACUCAUGACAAUUUAUGCAAUUGCUAUCGAUUACUUUUGGUUAUUGAUAACAGAACCAUAUAAUCCUCAUUAUUGGUUUGUGGAAAAACCAGAUAAGAAUAGUGAAGAAUUUAUACAAAAGAAGAAGCAAGCUCACAAGAGAAAUGCAGAAAGAUUAUUGGAUUUAUUUAUUGAACAAAGAGGUGUCUAUAUCAAGAUUGGGCAAUUUUUGUCAUCUUUGGUUUCUGCCAUUCCUGAUGAAUAUAUUGAUACAUUGAAAGUUUUGAGAGAUAGAGCACCAACAAUUCCAUUUGAUGAUGUAAGAAAGGUCAUUCAUCAAGAUUUUGGCAAGUCUAUUGAGGAAUUAUUUGACGAAUUCGAUGAAAAACCAAUUGCUGCAGCAAGUAUUGCUCAAGUACAUAGAGCUCGUACCAAGGAUGGUAGAUUAGUUGCCGUAAAGGUACAAUACCCAUUUGUUAGAAGUUAUUUCGAAGGAGAUAUGAGAACCAACGAUUCAAUGAGUACUCUCAGUCUCAAACUCUACUACAUGCAAGAAGAUGCUGAAAAUAUUGACACUCUAGUGGAAAUGAAUAACAAGUUCAAUAGAGAAUUGGAAAAUGGUUUAUAUUCUGAAUUGGACUUUAGACAUGAAGCAUCUAAUGCAAGACAAGCUGCUGACCAUAUGAAAGACCGUCCAGAUGUCUACGUUCCAAAAAUGUUUGACGAAUUGACAAGCGAAAGAGUACUUACUAUGGAAUUUAUUGAAAAUGCCUGUACUGCUAACAAUGUAGAGCGUAUCAAGGAAAUGGGAUUCAAGGAAGAGGAUGUUGCUGAAAGAAUUUUGUCUGCCUUUUCAGAUCAAUUAUUUGUUCACGGUUUCAUUCAAGCCGAUCCUCAUUCUUCAAAUGUCUUUGUGAGACGUAAUCCUUUGAAACCUUCCGAACCUCAAUUGGUCCUUUUGGAUCACGGAUUGUACAAGAAAUUCGAUGAGGAUUUCAGAAUUGGUUAUGCCAAGUUUGUCAAUUCUAUUGUCCUAGGAGAUGAAAAGGGAAUGAAGGAUUAUUGUGAAUCAUUAGGUAUUACAGAUUACAAAAUGUAUGCCAGUAUGAUGAUGAUGCAAGCUUUUGAUCAAUUGGAAGGUGGAGAAGAUUAUUCAGGAAAGAAUUUUGAGGAAUUCAAUGAUGUCGUCAAGGAACAAUUUGAAGGAAUUUUGGAUAUUUACAAGAAAAUGCCAGCCGACAUGUUAUUCAUCUCGAGAGCUGACAAUAUUUUGAGAGGACUCAAUAAGGAUUUAGGAGCUAAGGUCAAUCGUUUUACUGUUAUGGCUAGAUCAGCCGCUAGGGGAAUGAACAUCAAUUCCAAAACACCAUCCGAAACUGGAAUUUUCUCUCAAAUGAAUGAAUGGAGGAGAAGAAUGUACUUUGAAUUAAGAUUGUACAUUCUUGCCGUUCACUCAUGGUUUAUCAUGUUCUACAUGAAACUCUUUGGCAUGAAUGCAGAAACAAUGAUGAUCAAGAAGGAACACGACAAGAUUGAAAUGUUGGAAAAGGAAGUUGAUUUAUUGGAAACUCCUAAACAUCUUGCAUCUGAAUUCAAGUAAAAUC